UUUCCCUCGGAAUCGCCAAUAGUCAGCAUUCUAGCUGGCUUCGGGACGAAUGUGGCUGGCCUCUCCGUUCUCCUACCUGUGUUCCGCAGCAGCAACGACGUUGUCAACGGCGUUCGCCGUGCCGUCAUCCUACUCUUCGCUGUCUCUAGCGAAUGUCCGUCACCUAUCCACCGCAACGACGACGCCCAUCACAUCUUCCUUGCCGAGAGCCCUUGCAGCAACCGGCGGCGGCAGCAGGAGGAGACCACUGCUCGUAGUGCCUAACAGCAGAAGCAGAAGCAGCAACAGCAGCAGAACGUUCACGCUUCGGGCUUCGUCCACCGUUGGCCCUCCUAGCGCUGCUGCCGCUCUUGGCCGGCGUCCCUUUGUAUCAUCAACAGCCUCGUAUGCCAGUGGAGACAGCAUUACGUCUGGGAUGGUGCCGGAUGACGCCUCGGCGCUGAUAAGAGCGGUGUAUGACUCCAAGCCCACGCCCCAAGUCUGCGUGUCUACUGCGGGGGCGGGAGGGCAAGCGAUAUCUUGGCUAUUGGGAGUCCCUGGAGCGAGCGCGUGCCUCCUAGAGGCGACGGUUCCUUACUGCUUCAAGGCUUUCGAGGAUAGAAUGGCUGCAGGGUCGCGCGCCCCGGGAUACUGCUCUCGAGAGGCCGCGGAGGGGCUUGCGCGAAAAGCCUAUGCCCGAGCCGUCUCCCUGUGCGUGGCGGAAUCGCCCGACCGAGGGCCCCACGUGCUGCCGGACCGCCGCGUCAUCGCCGUCGGCUGCACGGCGGCGGUGUUGUCCUCCAAGCCCCGGCGGGGGCCGCACCAGUGCUACGUCUGCGCGCAGACCGCGGACGGGCUGGCGCACUACGAGCUCACCCUGUCGAAGGGACGGAGAGACAGGUCCGGUGAGGACGCCGCCGUCAGCCGGCUUCUCCUCCAAGCGAUCGCGGACGCCGUGGGGGUGCCGGUGCCCUUCGGCUUCAAGGCUGACCACCUGUUGCUGGACGGCGGUGGCGGGGGUGACCUCCCGUCGGUGCACGAAGAGGAGGGGGUGGAGGCGGGGCGGGGAGAAGCUACGGCGGCGGCUGGGGAGGCGGAAGCGGUGGUAUCGGCGGAGGUGGUGCCGACGGCGGACCUUGCCCACGACCCCGACGCCAUCGAGGAGCUCGUGGCCGGAAGGUGUGGAACGGCGUUGGUCGUGCCGAGGGACACGCGCGGGGCUACGAACGAAGCCGGCGAAGCGGGGGCGCCGGUAGUCGUGCUGCGGGAAGGGGCGAUGGUCAGGGCGGCGCUUCUACGGGGGGCGACGGUGAUUCUCCCGGGGUCCUACAACCCCCUCCACAGGGGUCACGUGGGUCUCCUAGAGGCCGCGCGGUCGCUGCUGGACGCCGAGAUCAACGGGGAGUCGAGGAGAGGGGAGACGCCGCAGAAGCCACCGGCGGCGGACAAGGCUGCUGCUGGGUGGGGGCGGGAAGGAGAGCAAGGUGUUCAAACGGACGAGGGCAUGGGGGCGGGGGCCGCAAGCGCCGACAGCGGGAGCGCGGGCUUGGACGUCGACGCCGGCGGGGGCGAUGUCGGGGAUGAGGAACGGGAGAAGAAGCGUACGGCGGUGCACGGUAUCUUCGAGAUUUCGGUGUCGAACGUGGACAAGGGGGGGUUGGGCGUCGAGGAGAUUCAGCGGCGAGUCAUGCAGUUCAGCGAGCCUGGGGGUGUCGGCUGGCCGUACCCAGUGGCGGUGACAAAGGCGCCACUCUUCUCCGAAAAGGCAAGACUGUUCCCUGGUUGCGCCUUUGUGGUCGGGGCAGACACGGCCAAGCGCAUCAUCGACCCGAGAUACUAUGGCAACAGCCAGGUCGAAAUGGUGUCUGCGUUAUCCGAGAUUCGGCACCUGGGGUGCUCGUUUAUCGUGGGCGGACGGGAGGACGUCGGGGGUCGUUUUUUGACCCUUGACGAGGUGAUUGCGGAGAGCGGCUUACCGGAAUCCCUUCGAAGCAUGUUCCUUGGGUUGGACGAGUCUUCGUUCCGAGAAGACCUAUCGUCCUCAAGCAUACGGGCAGGUGUGGCAAGCCCUGGCCUUUGAAACAACCCCGACCGCCCGUGUGUUUUCGUAAAGCUUUGGCGGGGUCAGGGAGGGGGCAAGCUUCGGUGGCCCUUGAAAGAGCUUUGCUGCCCGUGUGUCGUAAGGCUUCGGGGGCGUUUGUCGGGGGCGAGAGUCGGUGGUCUACACGCUAUGGAUGGGAGCUGAUUUGCAUGCCUCCUUUUUUGUUGACGCCCUAAAGGUUGUUUCGAGCGUGUGUGCUCAUCUCAUCUGAUCCAGUCUACACACCAUUUCGGUGCAUCUCUUCGACGGGAUCACAUAGGGGGUAGGGCACACAGGAGCGUUUCGAAUGCGGUAGUGUCUCGUGUGGUGGGGUACGGCAAGGGUCCUGUACCUGUUGUGGUUGUGAAUCGAGGUCGAGACUGCAUUAUUGUAAUGCCCGCGCCGAGCAUGAUGGUAACAGCCGUCGACGCGGCCUGAAGUUGCUUACGUGGGUGUUGUUGCGGAUUUCGUGAUAAGGGCACAUGUGUGUGCGACAGAAAGGCAGCGUUCGGGCGCUGCUUUUUAUUACCCAUCAUCUAGAAUCCCCAUACACAGGGAGAAAACAAGGUAUGCAUCGCAGGUGUAGGUAAGAAGUUUACACGAUUUGGAGGUCGAAGCAUGUCUAUCUAUAUAUGUAUCAU